AUGUUUUCACUGCCACUGCCCCGUCUCAACCGUUCAUCGAAGGGUCAUCUUACCAGGAACCAUGGACUACGGACACUAAGGCAAAUCAAGGGUCGCAACCUACGUUACCUACCCCCUGAAGGACUGGCAUGGGUGUCCGAUGCUCUCUCGUCCAGUCACGCCGUUGCGCCUGGCGGUUCAACGUCAAGUCGUCCCGGGUUCAAUGCGCUUGCGGACAGUUUUGGGUAUGAAGUACGGAGUACUGUCUUGGGAACGGCUGCUACUCGGUACACUACUUUGUCCCCAAGUCACAAAAGUUCAGGGCAGUUUUACCCCUCCACGCGAAGGACCCUGAAGUUCCAGUUUUCAAGGGUCCAGUCCAGAACCCCCCACUUGUCACCACGCACCAACGGACCCCAAUCCGCGGCCAAUAUCCAAUUGAUGAGUUGCAAAUUUCUUCCGCUUUCCUUUCUGGCUACAAGGUCGACGACGACGACUUUGCGCUUGUGUCAAUUUCACCUUGCCCCUUUUAAAAACGGCAUACUUGGACGGACCGGUCAUCAACCAAAAAUAGGGUCUCCGUCUUACUGGGACCGAGCUAGACAAAACGGGCUAGACACCUCCGGCUACAACUGUCAAGACAGUCCAGUGGAGGCAGCAAACGCCAGGGAAGACGAGCAGAAUCGGAGAGAAGAGCACCUCAGCACAAAAACAAGCACGACGGGACUAAAACAAGAGAGGCAUCAGGGCGCGCCAUCACCCGCCAGACCAACACCACCGCCUCACCUUCAUUUCCGUCUGAUUGACGAAUAA